AUGAGGAGCAUACCAGACGGAGAUCAUAUUCACCCCUUUCUCAAAGGAAACUUUGCGCCGGUCACGGACGAGUAUAUCGCCCACACCUGCGAUGUGGUUUACGGCGAGGUCCCACUGGAAUUGAAAGGCGGACAGUAUAUACGAAACGGAGGGAAUCCAGUGUACCCGCCAGAGCAAGGGCGGCACUAUCAUUGCUUGGGACAGGCUGAAAGACCCGCAGAACGGCGAAGACCUCUCGCAAAGAAGGGGCAAGUGGGAAUGGUGGAAACGUUUCGGCCUGAGCAGGGUACAAGAGUCAUAGAUAGAGCAGGUCGUCAUGUCGUCUGGAAGAAAGGGAUAGAUAUCGGACGAGCGAAGAUGAUGCACGAUUUCGCUGCAACUCGAACACAUACAAUCCUACUCAACCUUCCGCUCACUCUAUCUCCCAACAAUCUCUUCUCGAGGCACCCAGUCCCUCUCAUUCACUUUGACCGCACCCUCCCUUCCGAAUUCGUCAUCUUCCCUCGUCUUCUUGAAACCUCGCCAAUAAAGUUUCAAGAACCGGAACCUAGUUUGAUAUUUCACACAGCCAACGCAUGGGAUGAGUUCAAUAGGGAUGGCAAGCUCGUGGCGGUUAAUAUGCUUGGGUGCCGGUUUAAAACGGCCAAAUUGGUCUACGCGGCGGGCGCGGUUGCCAUUCCUGAAGCUGAGCAGGGAGUCGACGAUGUCGUGCGAUUACAUUACUACCGCUUCAAUAUGACUGAUCACACCACCCAUUCGUUCCCGCUUUCCGCGAUCCCUUUUGAAUUCCCCAGCCUGCCACAUCACUUGCACAUGUCUCCAGCCAAGUAUAUAUACGGAUGCACGAUGCGCUCCGGCUCAUUCGACGAACGACUAGGGGGCGCAGCGAAGGUCGAUUGCAUUGCAAAAAUGAACAUACAUGCUCUCGUCAAACAGCCCGAUAGUCGAUCCUCCGCCCAGAUAUUGCAAGACCACGCCGAAUGCAGCAAGUCGCCAAUAGAGAUAUUUGCUCUGCCUGAAGGAUGGUUUGCGCAAGAAGCCCAAUUUGUCCCAAGAGUCGUUCCCACAAGCGAGGACGAUGGAUUCUUACUCACGUAUGCGGAUGGUACACCUUCUCCAGCACUUGGCGCGGGGUCCGAACUGUGGAUCAUCGACGCUCGACGACUCGCCGAAGGGAUGAACGCCUUAGUCGCUCGAGUCAAGCUACCCCAGCGCGUUCCAUAUGGGUAG